CUCCAUAUGCGAGAACGAUAUUUAUCUAAAGACUGCCUUGUGCUUGACGAAAACGAACGGUGCGGCUGACUCUUUUUGCAAUUCUUCGCUCGAUAGUGUUUUCCCCAGUUGCACAUCCUACCCUUGGACUGCCUUGGACAUUCGACUGAAGUCAAAACAACUUCAAAAAUCAAGACCCGUUACUACAUCCCGAUAUAGAAACGGCCGUUUGCGAUCGAGGGGGCAGGAUAACUGCCUCGGAAAAUGGAAUAUCUCGUUUCAAACGAAUUUUCGGUGUAUUUAAAGGACACGGUGACGGACACGAUGGUCCAAUCACGUGGGUGUCGCGACACCGCGUCCUACCUGCCAGCACUUCCGUUUCCGACUUCCGUGGACGGUAACCGACGGUUACGUUCGCCAUUUGGGUCGUGACCACGGAGUCGUGACCGUCAUUUAAGGUUAAGGGCCUGGAGAUCGUCGCCGUCGCCCGCGACGAAAGGGGAGGCCGACUGCUCUCCCUGGAGAACGAGCGUCACGCUCAUCGCUGUUCGCGUCCGCUCCCUGUGCAGCCACCGCAUCGCCUGCCGACCGUUGUCACAUCGAGACACAUUUUACUACUUUGGCACUGACGAAACAUGGCUUAUUGAAGAAGAUGAAGGGUGCGCGAAAAGAUAACAUUUCUCCGAGGAGAGGAGACGGAGGAGACCGCAGCUGCGACGAGACGAGUCACCAGACUGACUACAGUCGAUACGCAAAUGGAUACAAAGUCAAAGUACACGCUGUCCCCUGCGAGGGGGACUGCUGCUGAUGCGAGAAGGAACAAAGAUGUCAAAAACGAGCUCCAUCUGGGAGCUUUGCGCAGAAGAGAACUUGCCGGCGCCAAUAACUUCGCUAACAAUGUACAACCAACAAAGUACAAUGUACAGAAAGCAAAAGAUCUUGUUAAGAGACAGAGACCUAAAGGACAAUAUCAUGGCGGUGCAGAGGAGAAUCCCAAGGUAGUGGAGGAGAAGUUACCUGAGUAUGGCUCAGUAUUGGUACAGAGAAGCAAAAAGAACGGCAAUCACUUGCUGAAUUUUCACUACGAGCGACAUAUGUUGCGAGAUGCACAGAACAGGGAUGUAGGGAGACAUGGUUCCAACAGCAAUAGAGUGUUGCCACCGGUGCAGCGGCAUAAAUACAACAAGGAGCAAUUUGUGCAAGCUAGCUGCCAAUUUGUUGUGACUGCAAGCGGAGAUUAUUCCUUGCAUUUGACUAACCCUGAUACUCUUGUGGAUUGGCAAUCGAUUGAACAGAUUAUAUUGCAUAAUUCAGAAAAUCUCUCUUGUCCUAUUUGUUUACAUCCACCAAUCGCGGGAAAAAUAACUCGCUGUGGUCAUGUUUAUUGUUGGCCGUGUAUUCUCCGUUAUUUACGUUAUUGUGAAAAACCAGAAAAUUACAUAUGUCCGAUUUGCCAUGAACGUCUUCAGAAAUGUGAUUUAAAAAGCGUGAUCGAGAUUACGCGGAACACACUCAAUUUGGGCGAAACGGUCAAUCUACGUUUGAUGCGUCGCGAAAAGAAUUCCUUGUUCGCAACGCCUGUAAAAUCUGCUAUUCAACCGACAACGUUUUUGUCUGUUUCGGAGAAUACUGGUAAUCAAGUAUAUUCGAAACUCCUUAUCGCAAAUGUGAAAGAUAUUAUGAAUAUCAUAGAGUGCGAACAUUCGGAAUUGAAACUUGAGCUUAAGAACAAUCCAGACAUGGCUCUUGACAUCGAGCAAGCGUUCAAUGAACUAUCGAAGAGGAAAGAACUGUGGAAGACUGCAGAAUCUAAAGAAGCUGUAUUGACCGAAAAUAUAACGGAAAAAGAAAUUGCUGAAGAUACAUCGCAAAAAUAUGAAAUAAAUAUCGAUAUGUGUUUCAAGGAUGAUGAUAAGUCUUUAGCGAAGCAGUCUUCGACGGACAGUGUUUCUAGUGAUAGCCAGACUGCUUCGAGUCCUUCUAAAUUUUCUUACUUUUAUCAAGCGGAAGAUGGACAACAUAUAUAUCUACACGCGGCGAAUGUGAAAAUGCUGGAAAUGCAGUAUGGCAGUCUGGAGUACUGUCCUCAUAUAAUAACGGGCAAGCUUCUCGAAAAGGAAGCAGGCAUCUGUACGGAAGAAUUAAGACGAAGAUUACGAUAUCUUUGCCAUUUGCCACUUACUUGUCCAUUCGAACUGGCUGAAAUCGAAUUAAAACCACCACUAGUAUCGGAGGAAGUUCUUCGCGCUUUCCAUGAACAACUAAAUUCAAGACAGAAGUACAGAGAACAGAGAGCACGCGAGGAAAGAAAAAGGGAGAAAAAGAUAAUAGAAGAAGAAAAUAGACAAAUUGGUAUAUAUCCAACGCCCAACAUAGAUAUCGAAUCUUAUCAACAUUUUCCGCAAUUGCAAGCAGAGCUACAAUUGUCCAACGAGAACCCAUUGUCACCAUCAGAAUCGGUCAUGUCGAGUGUCGCUAGUAGUCCAGCUUCGAGUGCGUUUGACGAAAUUGCUCCAAAACAAGAAACGGAUUAUUCGCGUGAACAGACCCGGACAUUCGCUGACAUAGCGAAGACAUCCACAAUGCCGACAAAGAUGUCUAAUAAGCCAGUCAAUGCAUGGCCGGUCGUGAAAUCGAAGACGCACUCCAGUACGAUGAAUGCAUGGUCCAACAAGGACGAAGAAGUAUUGUCGACAAGGAUGUACAAGUCUACCAAUGCUUGGCCGUCUGUUAAACCAAGGAUGUGCUCCGAUACACCAGGUACCUCGUUUAACGAAGACGAAAAAAAACCGUACGUUUCUGAAGAAGCAAAAGAUGAAGGUAAUGCAUCUGGCAAGAAAAAGAAGAAAAAGAAAGGGAAAGGAACCGUGCUGUUUACAACUGGUAUGACAUCUGGUUAUUCUUUAUAAUUAUGUAUUAUCGCAUGUCAUAUUUUUAUUAUAUUCCACGUGCGCUAUGCGUAAUGGUAAUUUCAUUGGGUAAAUCGUAGAAAAUUUGAUUUCAUUUACAGCUCUUGCCACCAUUGUUUGACGUACUAAAGAUACGUACGGCUUACGUAUUGAAUGUCUUUAUUUCUCUAUACUGAAAUUGUAAUAAUUUGCCAUAGAAAAAGUAACAAAAAAAAAUUAUUUGCCAAGGUUCUCACAUAUUGUGCUCAUGAAUUAAAUUUUACUUUAUACAAUUAUAAGUCAAA